UUAUUCAAACCAAACGUGUGCACUAGAGAAGUCGUGUGUCUCUUUUUCAAAACUGCGUAUUGCUUUCUUUAUUUAUUUUAAAGCACGCGACUAGAGGGUUGUUCGGCAUUCGUUUGAAAUAAGAAAGAGAUGGAGUGGAAAGACCUAUAGAUCUGGACUACAUGGGGUUCUUAUCUAACUAUGUAGUGUGUUUUGUUGUAUGGAUGCGCUUAAACUUUUUAGCGUCUCAAUGCCCUGACGGCUGGUUCGGUUACAAGUGUCAGUUCAUGUGCCACUGUGACAAAAAUUCAAAGUGCGACAGUGAUGGUCAGUGUCCAACAAAAUGUAACGCUGGCUGGUUCGGCCAGAAGUGUCAGUACGAGGACCUGGCAACUGUAGAUGGCGCACUCAUCUCGACGUCUGCUGGCUCCGGUUCUACGUCAUGGUUGACUGAUCGAGACGUAACGACAUGCAAUGAAGAUCCGGGUCUCGACACUAUUACAGUGCAAUGGGAAUUAUCUUUUCCUUUUACCUGGUUAAGACUACAAGCUAAAAAUGCAUCUAAUUUGGAACUAAAUUUUGUAUUUACAACAAGCUUAAACAAAUCGUACAGCUGUAUACACAAAAGACUAGCCAAAGUUGACACAGCCACAGUUGACUACAGAUUUGCCAUCAACGAAACUGUAAUACAAAUGACAGUCACAGGGCCUAGUAUCGAGAUGUUAUGUUCUUUAUAUAUCAGUGGAGGUCGCAACGUUGCUUUAAAACAAACGGCAGAUCAGACAGGAACCUAUUCGGAGGGCAAUAUUUGGUAUCGAGCCUCCUUGGCCGUGGACGGUAAUACCAACUCUGUCUUUUACAACAAGACUUGCUCUCAUACAACGGACAAGCUAGCACAAAGUGUUUACCCAGCUAGCUGGACAUUGACACUGGACACCGUGAAAGUGAUCAACAGGAUUACAAUAUACAACAGAGCAGACAGUUUCAGUUAUAGACUGUCCAGAUUUAAACUUGAAACACUUGACACUAACAACCACACUGUGUGGGCAUUCGAUGAUCCAGCUAAAGUAUUGCGUGUCUAUGCGUUAAACAUAAUGCAGCAGAAACCUGUCAAGACAAUUCGAAUCUCAGCCACAUGGAAUGAUUCUUAUUAUCAUUUUCCUAUACUCACCUUAUGUGAAGUAUUAGUAUUUGGAGACUGUGAACUAGGCACCUGGGGACUAUCGUGUGUCAAUCCAUGCCCCGCAGAAUGUAGGAACUCUUGCCAGCAGGACAAAGGAACGUGUUAUGAAGAUGGAUACCUAGAUCUACCUGGUUGUAAAACAGGCGAGUUAUGAAAAUAAUGUUUAAAUCAGAAACAAAAAAAAUAUUUUUCUUUUGAAAUCUUUGUAUCAGAGAUUAUUUUAUUGGAUUUUUUAAUUGCAUGGGGAUUUAUCAAGUGAAGAUUUAAUUAUAAUAAGUUCUGUAAUAUAGCCUUACUCAAAUAUAUAUAUAUACACAAAUUAUAUUAAGCAAAAGUCACAUAUUACCAUUUUUGAUAUAUGUGUGUUAUAUGUGGAUUUAACUUGUACACGUACUCUUAAAUGCAAGCGUUUUGUGUUUAGCUUAAUAAACAUGUGGUUUUAUGUUCUGUGUGUCGACUGUGUUCGUGUAGUUAUUAGCGAAAAGUUUUCAUG